GGGUCCACGAGUUUCUUUUUUGAUUUUGUAAUUUGUUCCACGUUUAAAAAUAGUUGCACUCGUCGGUGGGCCGAUUGGUAUUAGUGUGAUGUUUUACCUUGGUUGCGCUUCAAAAAAUUGUUCAUCAUUUAAAAGGCAAAAAAAAAAUUGAUUUUCCAAUAAAACUAUAAUAAGGAAAAUUGUUAAAUUGUGAGAAACAAAAAAAUGUCUGUUCGAAGUUCUGCUCAUCAAGCAUUUGGCACUGAUGGCAGUGAUUUUUCACAUAGACAAAAAGUUGCAGGACAAUAUCAACUAAGUGUUAUCAAUAAGUCAAGACUGAAAUGGUGCAUAUUUUUUCAUUACCUAUUAUUCUUUGUCAUGCUGGGUAAAUUGUCAGCAGAUAUUCUAGAUUUUUUCGAUAUAUUUAUUUUGGAAAUAGAAGAAUUACAAAUACCACAGGCACUCUGGUGGGAGUGGAUAUGGUGCAUAGGAUUACCAUUUUCAUAUCUGGGAUUAAAAGCCAUAAGGGAAAAUGGAAUAAAAAGAAUUAAACACUACAUGCUGAGUGUAAUUGUCGUCUGUUUUGGUCCAAUUCUCUACGCAUUGAUCUAUUAUUCCAAAGAUGUUUGGACCUAUUUAAGUAAUGACGAUACAACAAGUAUUCAAAUGUGGCAGGGUUUACCGUAUGGGGUUUUAUGGUAUGGAUUUAUAUUACUUGCCUCGCAAGUACAUUUGUUCUCUCUCUAUUUUGCUUGGAAUCUUCUUGUUGCUUGGAAAGCAAAAGGAAUGAAACAUCUGAACUAAGGCAACAAAAACAAAAACAAAAAAAAAGAACAAAAACAAAAAAAAACUGUAAAUACAUUUUUAAAAGCAAAUUGAACUGAUGAAAAGACACUUAUGGAAAUAAAAGGAAUAUAUGUUCGUACAUUUAUGUGAUAUUAGUUAAUUAAGAAUUGCUCACUUAUUAAUAAAUAACAGAAUAUAUAAA